UUAUCAUAUUAACAGGCAGCACAAUAUAUAUACCUUAUGUACAUUAAAGCUAUGCGUUUUCAUGUAAUGCAAUUCUAAUCAAAACUUUUUCAUAAUUUUGGGUCCACCAAGUGUCACAACAAUACAACAAUAAUCAAUAUUAAUAAUUAAUUCCUUACCCAACCCCAAAAGGUUCUCAUCAUCUUGAUGCACACAACCAUAUAUGUCCUCUUCCCCCACUCCACUCUCAUUAUAGCCCUAAUUAAAAGACUUAAAAAUGUUGUUAAUUAUUGUCAGUCAGUCCUUUCUCUUUUAGAUAGAUACUAGCAAAGACAAGAACUAGACAGGUAUCAGCAUCCAUGUCCAUCAAACUCACUCAAAAAGAACCAAAAAAUAAAAAGAGGAAAGAAACACCAUAAAACUCCACGAAAAGUAAAAUAUUUGAUAUAUAGACUGAAAAAGAAAGAAAAAAAUUAAAUUUGUGUCUCCAUUUCUCUCUAGUGUCAUACCUAUCAAUCUUGCCAAACAGACAGAAAGCAAAGCCAAGCUGUUAACAUUUUGUUUUGAUAUUAAUUUUUCCAUAAAGUGAUGCCCGGAGAAUCUUGGCUCAAAUCUUUCACAGUUAUAUUAGUCUGAAAAGAAAGAAAGAAAAAAAAAAAAUAUAUAUAUAUAUAUAUAUAUAUAUAUAUAAUAGGUAGCUUCUAUUUAUAACAUACACACAUGGUUUCUUUGCUUAUAAUAAUUAUUAGCAUUACCAUAAAUUAAUCAUUGUAUUAACAGCCCAAUAAUCAUUUCUUUCUCUCAAUAUAUAUACACAACCGAACCCUCCUCUUCUUCUUGCCAUAACCCAUCACACAAAACAAAACAAUCCCACCAGAAAAAAAAUAAUCAAGAAUGGCAACAAGUUCUGUUCAUGUCAAAGAAGCUAUUGUUAUCAAGCCAUCAAGCCCAACUCCAACUCGUCUAUUAUCUCUUUCUGCUCUUGAUUCUCAACUCUUUUUACGCUUCACUAUAGAGUACCUCUUGGUUUUUAAGGCUCGUCCAGGGUUAGACUAUGGUUCCAUCACAGCUCGAGUCAAAUCUGCAUUGGCUAAUAUCUUGGUGCCUUACUAUCCUCUAGCAGGUCGAGUCAGGGCCAAACCUGAUGGCUCAAACCUUGAAGUAAUAUGUAGAGGCCAAGGUGCAGUAUUCAUUGAAGCUAUCUCUGAUAGUAUUACUGUCAAUGAUUUUGAUAAAGCGCCAAGGUACGUAACACAAUGGAGAAAACUCUUGUCCUUCCACGUGGCAGAUGUUCUUCAAGGGGCUCCACUUCUUGUCAUCCAGCUUACGUGGCUUAAAGAUGGUGCUGCGUCGUUAAGUGUUUGUUUCAGCCAUUGUGUGUGUGAUGGGAUUGGCAGUGCUGAGUUUCUUAACUCGUUUGCCUCUCUUGCUACGGGUCAAGAUCGAGUUAUUGCAGAUUUAAAAUAUAAACCCGUUUGGGAUCGUCAUCUUCUUGAUUCUAUAGAACCCUGUUAUCGAUCUCUUUCAUCAUUGAGUCAUCCCGAGUUCAACCGAGUUCCUGACCUCUGCGGGUUCUCGACCCGGUUUUCGACCGAAAGACUCGCUCCUACUUCUAUUAUUAUUGAUAAAAGAAGGCAAAACGAGCUAAAAAGACUCGCUAUUUCCACAACUCGUGAGCCAGCAUUCACUUCUUUUGAAGUAGUGGCAGCUCAUGUAUGGAGAAGUUGGGCUAGAGCACUAAACUUACCAUCAAAUCAAAUCUUGAAGCUUCUGUUUAGCAUCAACAUUAGAAAACGAGUUAAACCGAGUUUACCAAAUGGCUACUACGGCAACGCUUUCGUUCUAGGUUGUGCACAAACAAGUGUUAAGGAUUUAACAGAGAAAGGAAUAGGGUAUGCGUCAAUGUUGAUAAAGAGAGCAAAAGAAAGAGUUGACAAUGAGUACGUGAGAUCGGUCAUAGAAUCAGUGAGUCAAUCAAGAAUGAGUCCAGACUCGGUAGGCGUUUUGAUAAUGUCACAGUGGUCAAGAUUAGGGUUAGAGAGGGUUGACAUCGGGAUGGGUAAACCAGUUCAUGUGGGACCUAUCUGUAGUGAUAGGUACUGUUUGAUCCUGCCAGUGUUUAAUCAGACGGAUUCUGUUAAAGUUGUGGUAGCUGUUCCUGCAAGUGGAGUUGACAAGUAUGAGAUUUUAGUCAAGAGUCCAUACUCUUGAGGACCACUGGAUAUGAAAAUCUUUUGGCCCAUUCGUUGACCUGUAAUAUCAGUUUGACUUUUAAACCUUUUUUGUGAAAAGGAAAAUAAUAUUUAUAUAUAAUAUAUUAUAUUUUACAACAGUGAUUGUUGAUUACAA